AUGGGUUUGUCGAAGGAUCCGCGGGAAGCCCGAGCUAAGACAUUUAGACCUCGAGACGAUUUGGAAUUAAAACCGGGGGGCCAAAACCAAGUUUUCCCUUCCGCCGUCCCUCAUUGGGCCACUGGUGGCAAAGUCCUCCUCUAUCAACCAGCCUAA